AUGUAUCCCUCCUGGGGAAAUUAUGGGGCACCCCAAUCGCAAAACUUUGGAGGGCAAGGGCCCCGUAAGCAGCCCGGUGGCGGAAAUAUCGGCCCUGUGGCACCGGGGUUCGGUGGCUUCGAGGCCCCAUCAGCCGGAUCCAUGUUCUCCAGCCUCCAGGAGCAACACUUGCAGCAGAUGCAGCAGCUGCAGAUGCUACACCAGAAACAGCUCCAGUCAGUGCUUCACCACGGCAGUAAUGCUAAUGCUAAUGCCAAUGCGUACAGUGGUGGAGGUGGAGGUGGUGGUGGUGGUGGUGGAGGUGGACAUAACGUUGGUUAUCCCGGGUCAUCGUGGCAUCCAGAAGGUGCAGGACAUUCAGACAGCAAUGCUGGAGCUCAAUCGUACUAUCAACAGGACGAGGCGACAAGAGGUCCCCCUACACCUCAGACGGGUCAGCCACAGCCUCCUCCACUGCCACCGCAACCGCAUCCCAACGACAGCAAACCGGUACCACCCCCUCCAGAGCCCCAGUCAUCUAAGCCACCGGAGAACAUCGCUGCUCCCAAAGAAAAAGAGUCCAAUAACAAAGACCCACCCACACCAGAGGACGACAACUCUCUACCAUUGCAGGAUGUAUCUCCACUGGCACCUGUGCCCCGCUCAGGAUACAGGGAGAGAGAGCGGGAACUUCGAGAGAGAGACCGAAGUGACAGUCGUGACCAAGAGGAGCAUUAUGGAAGGCCGGGCUAUGACAGACCUCCAUAUGAGCGCAGCGGACCCGACCGUGGCGUGCCUGACCGUGGCGUGCCUGAGCGGUACGGCCAUAGCUCCUCACCGUACGGAGAAAGAAGAAGUUAUCCUGAGGAAAGGGGGCCUCCCACUGCAUCACCCCUCGCACCUCCCCCACAGCCAGCCCCGCGCGUUGAGAAAAAGCCAGAAAUCAAGAAUAUUGACGAUAUCCUCAAACCACCUGGAAGAUCAUCUCGGCCUGAGAGGAUUGUCAUCAUAAUGAGAGGGCUUCCAGGAAGCGGAAAAAGCCACGUGGCAAAGCUGAUACGGGAUAAGGAAGUAGAUUGUGGCGGUGCACCCCCAAGAGUUCUCGUUUUGGACGAUUAUUUUAUGACGGAGGUUGAGAAAGUAGAGAAAGACCCAGACACAGGGAGACGAGUGAAACGCAAGGUUCUUGAGUACGAAUAUGAGCUAGAGAUGGAGGAUACGUACCGGAACAGCAUGCUGAAAACAUUUAAGAAAACUCUGGAUGACGGCUUUUUCCCCUUCAUCAUUUUAGACACUAUUAAUGACAAGGUUAAACAUUUUGAUCAGUUCUGGAGCGCAGCCAAAACGAAAGGCUUUGAGGUAUAUCUUGCUGAGAUAACUGCAGACACUCAAACUUGUGCAAAGAGAAACAACCAUGGGCGCACGCUAAAGGAUAUUUUGAAGAUGUCAAACAACUGGGAGGCUUCACCUCGGCAUAUGGUGCGAUUGGAUGUCCGGUCCCUGCUUCAGGAUGCAGCUAUAGAGGAGGUCGAAAUGGAAGACUUCAAUCCCGAUGACGAGCCCAAGGAGCCGAAGAGAGAGAAGAGAGAGGAGGAAGAAGAGGGUGAUAAGAUAAACUACUCCGACUGAAAUCAAGAAAAUGUACAACAAAGGGACUCUCAGGAAAGACGGAUAAAAUAGUGAUCUAACGUGCCUCUGUAUCUGUACUGAAGCUUUUAUCAGGUUUUCCCA